CGCUCCACUCAAUAUCAUUCUUGGCGAGGAGCAACCUUUCUAACUGUAGAUUUCUAUCCAUAUUUAAAUUUUAACAAGAAGAAAGAAAGAAACAAUAUCGUAAUCUGAGAGAAAUUUUACGAGCCCAGAAGAAAUUUCCAGUACCAAAAUUCUGAAGAAAAAUCGCCAAGUUAAUUAAUGGCCACUCAAGGGCUGUCAGUGUUCUCGAUUACGCCCAUUUCUUCAGCUGUAGCUCAAUCUCGCACAAAACCCUUUGAACAGUUGUUGAAUUUCAAUACACCCAAUGCUUUUUUGGGCGCCAAGCUCUCGACUCAGCUGUCAAAUCUCAGGCUUGUUGCUUCGAAACGACGUAGUUACGCUGUCGCCACCAUCUCCCUCAGUCUGCCCAACACAAAGACAGAGGGGCUUGGUUCUGAUAAGAAGGCCAAAUGGUCAGCAAGGUCGAUUAAAUCAUUUGCUAUGGGGGAAUUGGAGGCGCGAAAGCUCAAAUAUCCGAAUACUGGAACGGAGGCUUUACUCAUGGGCAUUUUGGUUGAAGGAACCAGUUUGGCAGCAAAAUUUUUGAGGGAGAAUGGUAUUACACUUUUUAAGGUGCGAGAUGAGAUUGUGAGCUUGAUAGGGAAAUCAGACAUGUAUUUUUUCAGUCCUGAGCAUCCUCCGUUGACUGAACCAGCUCGGAAGGCUCUUGACUGGGCAGUUGAAGAGAAGCUAAAGUCAGGUGAAAGUGGUGAAAUAACAACAGCACAUAUACUUCUUGGAAUUUGGUCACAAAAAGAGUCAGCAGGUUAUAAGAUACUGGCUGGAUUUGGUUUUGAUGAUGCGAAGGCCGCAGAACUAGCUAAAAAUAUGGAUAAGGAUAUAAUUCCCCGCUACAAGUGACCUCUUCAAUUUGUGUGAGAAUCUUGAAACAUCCAUUCAGGUACAUUUGAAAGGGAAAUGGUUCAUAGCUGAAUGACAUCGAUUUAUAGGGUAAUUUCAACAGGAAUGACGCCUCUAUGUUUCGAUUUUCCUAUUAGACACUUGUAAACCCUGAUAUUCUUACAAGACUCGAACGUACUUAGGUCAGAUGCUAAAAGCAGUUAUUUCUCUCAGCAGUUUGGUUGAGCUGUUACUCAACUGUCACCAUUGAUUUUACCCGUCUGCUUUAUGAAUUUGUAUCUGUAGCUUUAUGGUGGAUUGCCAUGUUUCGUUUUGGUGGAUGGAUUAAGCUGUAUAAGAUUAACAUUUUAUUCAGGUAUAAAUGACAGUGUCGUUCAAUUCAUUCAUUAAA